AUGCGAUAUCGUGACCCUCGCGAUGUCCACCUGUCUCGCCAGGUCCGCAACGCUCUACGCCGCGCUCAACUUUUCCCCGGAAACCCCUUCAUCUCCCGCCCCAAAGAUGUAGAUCACAGAGUACUUCUUCAAUGGGUGACACAACUUCAAGGCCGUUAUGAGAAAGAAAGAUAUCACAGUCGGAUGAAAUCUUCCAACGAAGGCUAUACGGCAGCUAUUAAAGAUAACAUCGUCACGCAGCAACUCCCUACGACAUGUGCCUCCAACAUCCUCAAGGGGUUCUAUGGCCCCCGGGGUGCCACCGUCACAAGAUUACUCGAAAAGGCUGGCAUGAUCCUCCUAGGCAAAACCAACAUGGAUGAAUUUGGCAUGGGUUCGCACACGACCAAUUCGGCCUUUGGACCAGUGUUCAAUGGGACUUUGAAUCGAGACAAAACCAAGAGGAGCCAUACUCUCUCCGUUGGGGGCAGCUCUGGCGGCAGCGCUCUUGCUGUAGCUCAAGGACAGGUUCAUAUUGGCAUAGGCACCGACACUGGAGGAUCGAUCAGAUUGCCUGCCGCUUACCUGGGCCUGGUCGGCUUCAAGCCAUCCUACGGCCUUAUAUCGCGCAAUGGAGUGGUGCCCUAUGCCAACUCCCUCGAUACCGUUGGCAUCAUUGGGAGGUCCGCCUUGGAUGUCUUGAUCACCUUUGACCUCCUCCAGGUGCCGGACGUCCAAGACCCCACGUGCUUGACUGCGCAAUCUCGAGAACGGAUCACGUAUACAAAAGAUCUCCGACGCAAAUUAGUGCUGGGGGAAAAUUUCCUCUGGACGGCGGGGUCGGCCCGGUUGAAUUCCCCGACGGUCUCUAGGAGAAGGCAAGCAGAAAUGAAAAGACGCCUGUUCGACGAACAAAUGCGUACCCGACGGAUAGGUGUCCCAUUGGAGUACAACGUCAAGGAGAUGCAUCCCCUGGUUCGAUGGGCGUGGACCGCGACCCUGAGUCAUUUGGAAUCCCUGGGAUUUACCGUCGUCCCUAUCUCUCUUCCAUCCACGAAGCACGCGCUGUCCUCAUAUUAUAUCCUUGCGCCUGCCGAAGCUUCAUCGAACCUUGCCAAGUACGAUGGGGUGCGUUAUGGAGCUCCGCGAGCCGGCAACUCUGACCACGAAGGUGGUACACUCUAUUCCCGGUACCGUUACGACCACUUUGGGCCUGAGGUGCGGAGGAGGAUUCUUCUCGGCACCUACAGUUUAAGCGCCGGCGCGAUGGACAACUAUUUCAUCCAGGCCCAAAAGAUCCGACGGAUGGUGCAACGGGACUUUGACUCCGUUUUCAGAAUGCCCAAUCCACUUCGAGAAGAUUCCGAGUUUAAUGAAAAUGGGGUUGACCUCAUUGUGGUUCCUACUGCACCGACGCCUCCCCCACAUCUACGGUUUCUGGAAAAGGCUGGCCCUCUCGAAUCCUACAUGAACGACGUUUUCACAGUCCCAGCAAGUCUGGCGGGACUUCCUGCGAUCUCUGUCCCCGGGCCAAGACAUCCUGAACACCCAUGGAAACCGGAGCUCUCGGUCGGCAUCCAAGCGAUCGGCCAAUAUGGUGAUGAUCAUUCUGUUAUUUACUUCGCCAGAAAUUUCUUGACAGACUUUCAUGACCUAGAGAACCUCAAUAGAAUACAACAGAGGAAGCUGCUGAGCUAA